UCCAAAACAACAGACUUCGGAGCACAGUCUGGAGUCGGCCCUGCAUAAAGUUAUAAAGCUCGGCGACAAACAUGAUUGCACCAAAACCACGAAAGUGACCUUCUAAGAACAUCUCACCUGAGUCGUGAGGAACCAUGGACAGUAGCCGGGAGGCCGAGCAUUUCACCUCAAAUGACCCCAAAGCUACCCACUCCACAGACAGCGCCCAGCAGCAGACCAGCGCAGGCUGUGGAGCGGUGCUGGUCCUCUCCGCGCUGGUGGCCUCCGUGAGUGGCCUGCUGCUGGGCUACGAGAUGGGCCUGAUCUCGGGGGCGCUGCUGCAGCUGCGCGGGGACCUGGCGCUCUCCUGCCGGGGCCAGGAGAUGGUGGUGAGCUCGCUGCUGCUGGGCGCGCUGUUCUUCUCGGUGGCCGGGGGCGCCGUGCUGGACCGCUGGGGCCGGCGCUUCGCCAUCGUGCUGACGGCGGGCAUGGCGGUGGGCGGCACGCUGCUCAUGGUGUGCCUGAGCUCUCUCGCCUCCCUGGUGGCCGGGAGGGUGGUGGUGGGCAUGGCCGUGGCGCUGUCCGGAACUGCGUCCUGCCUGUACAUUGCAGAGGUGGCGCCGCAGGCGUGGCGCGGGCGGCUGGUGUGCCUGUACGAGCUGAUGGUGGUGCUGGGCGUACUGCUGGGCUUCGGCCUGAGCUACGCCUUCUCGGCGGUGCCCGGCGGCUGGCGCUACACCUUCGCCGCCGUCAUCCCGCCGGCGCUGGCCCAGGCCCUGGCCAUGUACUUCCUGCCGCGCAGCCCGCGCUUCCUGCUGGCCCAGGGCAAGGAGGAGGAGGCGCGCGCCGUGCUAGAGCGACUCAGGGGCUCGGGGACGCCAUCGGCAUCGUCAGGGGAGACGCGAUCGUCGUCGUCGACGUCGGGAGCAACGGCUGCGGCGGAGGCGGCGGAGGGUGACUUGCCGCCGCUGCCGCCGUCGUCCCCGGCCGUGGAGGAGGAGCUGCGCUCCAUCCGCGCCGCGCUGUGCCGCGAGCAGCGCCACAGCUUCCUGGACCUGUUCCGCGGGCACGACAACAUGCGCCAGCGGCUGCUGGUGGGCGCCGGCCUGGUGGUGCUGACCCAGGUGACGGGCCAGCCCAACCUGCUGUCCUACGCCUCCACCGUGCUGCACCACGUGGGCUUCCAGUCGGACCAGGCGGCCACGCUGGCCUCCACGGGCCUGGGCCUGGUCAAAGUGGCCGGCACGCUGCCCGCCAUCCUGCUGGUGGACCGCGUGGGCCCCAAGGCCUUCCUGACCGUGGGCGCCGUGGUCAUGACGCUGUCGCUGGCCACGCUGGGGGUGGCCACCAUGCAGAGCCACACGCAGGUCAGCAGCCUGUGUCAGAGUAGCGCGCCGCCCCCCUCCGGGCACAACCAUUCCCACUGGGGGCGUGACAAGGACAUGGCUGCUGCUGCCGCUGCUAUGCCUGCGGGACUGUACCACUCUACCCCGUCCACCCUCCCCAUGACGAUGAACCUUAGCUACCCCGGGUACAGCCCCGCUCUGGGGCAGCGGGGCAGUGUGGCGCAGGAGGAGGGUGAGAGCGUGUCCUCGUCGCUCAAGUGGAUCUCCUUGGUCAGCUUGCUGGUGUACGUCACGGCCUUCUCCUUCAGUCUGGGACCAAUGGUGUACGUAGUCCUGAGUGAAAUCUUUCCGACGGGCAUCAGAGGGAAGGCAGUCUCCGUGGUGUCGGCCUUCAACUGGGGCUCAAACCUCAUUAUAUCCAUGACCUUCCUCACCCUCACAGAGAAGAUCGGCCUGGCCAACGUGAUCUUCAGCUACGCUGUCAUGAGCUUCAUCCUGCUCAUCUUCAUCAUCCUCUUCAUCCCUGAGACCAAGGGCCGCUCACUGGAACAGAUCUCCAAAGAACUGGCCAUGAAAAACAACCUCAGAGACAGACUGUGUCCAUGGCGGACUCCAAAGACCGACACCUCGCUGGAAACAAAGACGCUGAACUCUGUAUGACCCUCCAGCUGGGGACAGAGACCAAGACAGCAAAAGACUUUUUCACGUUUAGCAAUUGGCCUCCUUUUUAAAAGGGGGGCGGAGGGAGGUUGUUGUACACAAACAGUUGUGUAUGUGUGUCAACGCCAGGUGAAGGGGGUGGGGGUGGGUAAUUAAAUCAUCGGUGGAGGAGAGACAAUGGUAUUGGUUGAACCCUGGUGAGGUUCUGUGCUCUUGCAUACAGUAUGCAGGCUGAGCUGGUGUUGCAGUCAACUGCCAACUGCAAUACAACAAAUCAUGACAUGCUGCUGUUCUUUUAUCACUAAUAUGUGUGUGCGUGUGUAUGAGAGAGAGAGAGAGAGAGAGAGAGAGAGAGAGAGAGAGAGAGAGAGAGAGAGAGAGAGAGAGAGAGAGAGAGAGAGAGAGAGAGAGAGAUUCUGCCAAGUAUGGAAAUCAAGUACUGGUAAAAUAAGGCCAUAGUUAGUAGGCACCAAACUACUUGGAUGACCAAUGAUUGCUGGAUAAUGGUACUAUUUUAUCUUCAUUAUGUGAAGCAGGAGGGGCCCUUUCCAAUAAGACGGUCUCUUGAGAUUGUCAGGAGGACAUUUCACACUUCCAACUUUCCGUCAAUGAAUCCACCAGCAGCUUGAUAGCAAUAGCUGAACAGGCUUGUUUUUGUUUGUUUUUUGUAAUUGAUUUCUUGAUUUUCAUGUUGACUGUCGACUUUUCCACAAUCAUGGACUCUGUUUUUCCUAGUUCAAGCCUCUCCAGAACCUCCUUGCCCCGGAGGUACUUUUUUGUUUUGAUUUUUUUGCACAAAACAUGAUGAAUGCCUGACCUUCUUGUGUGUUUUGCUUCUUGAAAAUGAGAGCCCUUGCAGGGGUCAGCCCAUUGGUCCGACAGCCCUGAAGUCAGACAAUAAGCCAUACAUGAGCAUUACGCAGCUACUGGGGUAGGCUAGGCUACACGUGGGCACGUCUUUUCAGACAAAAACAUGCCUUUACUGACGGUUAGGUUGAGUACAGCGAUUGUCAACAGCCUUAUCUGUAACGUCUGACUGACAACGAACACCCAGGUUGCUGUCAGAUAAACAGAGCAAGGUUAUGAAAGUGUGGCCGGGUCUUUCACGAAAAAAAGCAAAUUGGGACAGGAUUUCAAAAGCUACAAUUCAUGACAUUUAUAGGAACUUUAUACUUUUUUAUUACACAAUCACAGACGCUGGCCUUGGCCAUGGCACAAACGGCUAAGGUACCACCAUAAUGUUGCGCCAGGGACUCAAGUUUGACCCUAUUACUCUCUCAAGCUCACUUCCUGUCUAUUGUCACACUAUCAUAUCGAAAUAAACAAAGUUUUUUUUAACUACUUCAUGUUGCAGAUCACAGAUGUUGAAAGUCUCCCCAUAUUUGGAGCGGAGUAAAGGUGGCAGCAAUGAAGCUGGGGCAACAGAUUGCUGUUAUGGGGCUAGCUUUGGUCUAAUGGUUAGAUGGGGAGUUGCAGCUUCAAAUUCGUACCAAUAGGAAGAAUGCAGGUGGCCUCCCACAGCCUGAUCCAUGGCUGAAGUGCCACUGAAAGUUCAUAAAGGUUGGAGCAGGCUUCACCCAACAGAUUCUUCUUCUUUUUAGGGUAAAAAAACCCCCAAAUUGACCAAAAUAUUGUAAAACUGAAAAGUUAGAGGAAGGCAGAGCACCAAAACGAGUCUGUGUAAUAAUAAAAGAAAUGUAUGCAUGGUGCGACCUUUUCUUACUUUUUUUGAAUUGCCAACUGUGCUCCAGGGAUUGUAAGCACAACCCUGCAUGUAAAUAAUUACAUCAUAAUGGAUAACGUACUGUAUGUCUGUUGUACAAGUAUAAUGGAGCUGAGACCACUUUUCAGCCUAGACAACCAGAACCAGUUUCACAAUGGGCACAGUCAGCAAAGAUCCUGGAGUGGCACAGUCACUGUACAGUGUGUAGUGUAGCGUAGUGGUAGUGGUGAAGUAGGGAGGAGUAUGGGAGGAGCCUUUCUCAAAAGCAUAUUUGCUAGCCAGUUAGCAACCUGGGUAGCUGCCAAUAGGAAAUUGCAUUGCAAACUAACAAGAAAGUAGCUAACUUAGUUAGCAACUACUAUGAUUUCGAGAAAAGCACCCCAUAUCAGAUCAGGGGAGAAAAAACUGUCUUCAAACUGUCUUCAAACCGGGAUCAGUAAACAUAGCAACUGCCAAUAGACUGUGGGUUAUACACUUUUUCUUAAUUAUUUUUAUUCAUUUUUAAAAUUUUCUUACAAAAUACAAAAAUUGAAACAUUACAUUAUACUAGUAUGUGGCCCUCCACAGAGUCCAGAGCAGGGAGUUCGCCCCAAAGAGUUAGCAAGUAGCAACUGCUGCGUUCUCAACUCCAUAGCUCUGCUCUGCUCCCCCGAGGUCUACAUGCUUAGGGUCACUCCUGUCCUGAUAGAUCGAGUUUCAAGUGUUAAUAAUAAUAAUCGUUAAGACAAGUACAUUAACAUUUGACACGGCCGAAGUGUGUGGUAAAAUACAGAUAAAAUUAUCAUUAAAAUGACAUAAAAAGAAAAAGGAAAA